AGAGAGAGAGAGAGAGAGAGAGAGAGAGAGCCAAAGAGCUCUCAAGAAAGAAAAUGGGCAUUGCCACCAGCAAGUGUUACAACUACCACAAAAAGUGCAGAGAAUUCAAAGCUAAAAUCCGAGUCCUAGAGGAAGAGAUCAAGGAGGUGAAGCGUGCGAGGGAGCAGGAGGCUCGCGUCUAUGAGCAAAAGGUGGCGGUCUUUGCAGGCAAGGAGGUGGAAUGGAAGCGAGAGAGGAAGAAGCACAAAGAGGAGGUGACAAAAAUAAGGAAAAAGCUCAAGGAGGAGGAGGAUAGGAUGAGAAGAUUGGAGGAGGUGACAGCAAGCAGAGGUGACAAGGAGUGGUACCAGAUAAGCACCGGUUACCUUGUGGAGCACAUGAAAGAGGAGCAAGCGCGGAUGGAGGAAGCGGUGGAGAAGUGGAAGCAGCUCUACCUUGCCAUCAAAACCGAGCUCGACGACCUCAUCCAGAGGACUAGAGAAGGGGAAGGAUUCUGCUGGGGAGUCAAAGAAGGCAUGAUUGAAGAGCUCCACAGGGAGCUGAAGGCCAAGGAGGAGACCUUGGAAACGCUGAGAUCACGCAUAUCAGCAAUGGAACAAGAAGGAAUUAAAAGAGAUAGGGAGAUGGACAUUUUGAGGCAGAGCCUAAGAAUUCUUAGCAACACAAAAAAGAAUCGCAUCAGAAAGAAUCCGCCCAGAAGCAUGCGCUUGGGAAGUGGCAGAGAGAUGCAGUUAGCAACUUGCAUGGGAUCCUUAAAUCCAGAGUGAUCUCAUGAAGUACUAGUGCAAUAAAAACCGUACAAUUGGUUUUCACGUUGAAAGAUGACAAGCUGUGGUGGGCAAUUAGCAAGUAUACUAGCAGUCACAAUUAGAUAUCAGAAUAAAGAUAGCGUUGGUUCCUGUUAAUGUCUU